UUAGGUUAUUGCAUAAAAAAGGAGGACAAGAUGCUGGUCUAUGAAUACAUGCCUAACAAAAGCUUGGAUGCUUUACUUUUUGCAAGCACAAGUAGGAAACUUCAGUUGGACUGGAAGACAAGAUACAACAUAAUUGAAGGCAUUGCUCGUGGUAUGGUCUACCUCCAUCGCGACUCAAGACUACGAAUAAUUCAUCGUGAUCUAAAAGCAAGCAACAUCUUGCUUGAUGAGAAUAUGAAUCCAAAAAUAUCAGACUUUGGAAUGGCGAGGAUCUUUGGCAGCGACGACAAUGAAACCAGCACGAAGCGAGUGGUUGGAACAUACGGUUAUAUGUCACCAGAAUAUGCAAUGAAUGGCUUGUUCUCAGUAAAGUCUGAUGUGUAUAGCUUUGGAGUACUGCUUAUAGAGAUUGUCAGUGGGAUAAGGAACUCCACAUACUACAACUCUGAAGUUUCACUCAACCUGCUAGGAUAUGCUUGGAAGCUAUGGAACGAGGACAAUGUGAUGGAGCUGGUGGAUUCAUCUAUAAGGAGUUCAAGCUCGAUAAUGGAGGUAUCAAAAUGCGUCAAUGUUGGGCUAUUGUGCAUUCAGGAUCGUGCCAAUGACAGGCCGACGAUGUCAUCUGUGAUUUUGAUGCUGGAGAGUCAGAGCUCUGCUCAUCCAAUGCCGAGGCAGCCUAAAUUUGCAGCAGAGAUGAACAAAACCGAUACCAAUUCGCACUCUGGAAAUGCUUCUAUUACAAUGUUAAUUGGGAGGUAGUCGCUUCAUUUUUUGUACAAAAGGUGAGUUGUUUGCUCUGUGUUUGAUGUGUGCACUCAGCAUCAAAAAGUUCGUCCUUGUAUGUAUUUUGUAUGCAUUUCUUUGGUUGUUAAAACUCGCAACUUUGGGAGAGAUUA